AAGUACAAGAGCGAGCAGCUGGUCCACCUUCCUUUUAGAGAUGGGACACCUGAGACUCAAAGCCGGAACCUGCCUAACGUCUGUAUGGAGCAGGCAGUGGAGGCUUCUCGGACUGUCAGGGCCUGGUGGGAGGGCUUCUUCAUACCCCUCUCCAGGUGCAUGGAAUCGCUUCUGCUCCUUCCCCUUUAUGCCCAGAAGAAAAGAAUUACCGCCCACCUCCAUUCCCACUAGUGAGGAGUACAUUGCCGUCCUUAAAGGUAAACGGCUGUCCUCCACCCCCCUGGAAAUCCUGUUCUUUCUGAACGGGUGGUAUUAUGCUACCUAUUUUCUGCUGGAACUCUUCAUAUUUCUGUACAAAGCUCUCCUGCUACCAUAUCCAACAGCCAACCUAGUACUCGAUGUGGUGAUGCUUCUCCUUUACCUUGGAAUUGAAGUAAUUCGACUGUUUUUUGGUACAAAGGGAAACCUCUGCCAGCGAAAGAUGCCACUUGGUAUUAGUGUGGCCUUGACCUUCCCAUCUGCCAUGAUGGCCUCCUAUUACCUGCUGCUGCAGACCUACGUGCUCCGCCUGGAAGCCAUCAUGAACAGCAUCUUGCUCUUCUUCUGUGGUUCAGAGCUGCUGCUUGAGGUGCUCACCCUGACGGCUUUCUCCAGGUCAUGGUCAGCUUCUUACCAGAGUGAGGCAGGAAUACUUGGAAGAAGCAUAGUCAAAAGGCAGCAUUUUCCAGUUGUUUAUUUUAAAAUUCCAAAUUAACAUAAAAGGAAAUACACUUUUUUUUUUUAAACUGGAGAAAUAUUGCCUUACAUGCGUAUAUCAUUCCUUUUUCCAAGUCUUUAAAAUUUUCUCAUCUAACUCAGUAGUGGCUUUUUUUUUUCUCUUUCCCCCAAGAAGCCGCCAGGAGCCAUGACAGAAUCCACUUUAGGAAACCUCAAGCCAUAUGGCCCCUCUGCUGUCAGAUGAAUCCUAGAAUAUCUGCUCUUGCUCAAAGUCAAAGUUAAUUGGUCUUUAAGCAUUUCUAUGCUGGCUUUUAAUUCUGCUUAUUUCCCGUGAUCGCGCUCCUUCUCAUUCUGUGAAGGUCUCCACUGUCCAGAAGCACUGAUGAUUUAUCUUGUUUCCUACCCCUUGUGUGUCCUUGCUUCCUGGCGGCUUUUGGAGUCUAUCCAAAAACUGUAGUAAACAGGCCUAAUCCACCAUGAAACAGUAACAAAAAAUCUUGGAACCUCUUUGAUAUUUCAGUCACAGACCCCCCCAACCCCCGGCCUGUUGCUUGCACUGCUGCUUUCUCUAGCUGUGCUUUGAAGAAGUUGUUGACAUCAAGCUAGACAGGAACUGGUUCUCCAGGGCCUCCCCAUUUCUUCUAAAGGUUCAGUGGUUAAGGUCAUUCUCCUGGCAACACAGAUAAAUGAAUGAAAGGCUCAUUUGGAAGUUUAGAGGUGGCUUAUAACUAAAAGGAGCCUUAGAAAGGAAUCUAAACUCCCACUUUGGAGACUUAAGAGAUGAGAAGGGAACAGCCCAGCAUCCCACAACCGGCUACUAGCAGUUGGAUCUAGAAAUCUUGUCUUAGCAGUCUGUCUAGAUCAAGUAAAUUCUCCUCCUCCACAAGUACCACUUGAGGAGGAUGAGUAGUUGGAAGUGGGGAUGGGAUUAGAGCAGGAAGUCCUCACUCAUCUGCUGGUUCUCUGCGAGCCUCUUGCACUGUGCUUCCUGGGGCCGGCUCCACGGAGCUUCAUUCUUCCUGCGGCUUGCUGGAACCACACGUGCAGGUGUAGUCACACAACAGAAUGUCAUAACUGAAACUGAGGCAGCAGGGGGUGGGAAUGAGCAUAGCCAGUCUUUCGGGGUUAACGUGGUCGGAUUUUGUAUUCGAAUGCCAAGGGGAAGUCACUGAGCCGCCUGUCUAGACCUGCAGGAUCAACAUUCUGGAACAGUGGAGAGGACCUGAGUGAAGGAGUACGCCUUGGUCACAGGGGCGGGGAGAGACCUGCUCAGAUAUUUAUCACACGCGUGGCCAGGUCAGGUGACUGCAGUGGCCAUCCCUAGAGGCUGAGGUCUGGCCCAGUUCAGGAAGCACUCGGCAUACGCAGAUUCGGGUUUGUGGCUCUAUACCAUGACAGCAAUGUAUAGGAGACUAAUAACUCAUCCAGUGCCUGGCAGAGUAGAUUUAAUCCGUACUAUGAUCCUGUGAGGCAGAAGAAAAUCAACUCAAAUGUUAAGUCACCUCCUGUCUGAGGGCAUUUAGCUUAAGUAAGAGUUGGGAUUUGAAGCAACAGGAACCCCAAAGUCAUUCCCUUUCUGUUCCACCGUGGUAGUGCUUUGAUGAAGAAUGGGUCUACUUCUCUAACUUACCGGUCCUCAUGCUUUAGUUUACACGAAUGUCAUCUUGGACAUAAGCAGCAGAU